AUGUCCAUCCCACCUGCAACCUUGGCAUCUGCUACGCCACGCCGCCAAAAUAGCAGCUGUGAUCCCUGUCGGCGAUCAAAACGUCGCUGUACUUUCCCAAUCACACUUGACAGUCCAGGUCCAGCUUGCACGCAUUGCCAGCGCUUAGGACAUGCGUGUACAUUCGAGUUUGCUACAUCCCGCUUGAACUCCAAGGCUCGCCAAAAACAGCGAAAACGACGUAAUACCUUGGAAAACAUAAACCAUUCCAAACCUUCGGAUAGAACGAUUGAACCCAGCUCAUUAGGCAGCGAAAAUGUCUUCGAUGAAUGGCUCAAUCUCGAGAAUGAUUCCUCUGAGAAUGACGCUGGAUCGCCGAAUCAAACUUACCUAACAGGCGAUUCCAUUUCUGGUCCUGGAGUGACAAUAGACGGGCAUCGUGGUAAUCAAAUCACUUUAGUCCCAAGGAAUCUACGCAAAGAACACUCCAGCCUAUCCAUGAGUACAGGAUCUUUACUUGGGAUCUCACGACGCAGCCCGAUACAUCUCUUGAACUCAAAGCUCGAUGCAACAAUGUUGGAGGCGCGUUUGUUGCAAAUAUUCAACUCCAUCGUCGGUGGAUGCGCUUCAAGAUAUCUAGACUACAAUUGUAAUCUAUAUGCAACACAGACUCGGUAUCAGAUAGAAGGAAGCACUUCAACCAGGUCAACGUCGCCAGAAAGAAAUGCUCUAGAUCAAAGCCACAAGGAACAUACAAUUUCAGAUUCAAUUUCAAAUUCACGACUUCAAGCCGAUGAGCCCUCGACACCGCUGCAUCUCAACAAUGAAAGCACAGCGAUCACUCCGGCCAUCCAGGGCAGCUCAAACAAUAUGACUUUGCUCGGCUCUGCGCGGUUCCUAGACCACUUAGCAGGCCUAUACGGAAACAAGCUGAACUCGACGGCGCGAACUCAGUCCGAUAACGCUUUGAACGCUGUGCUUCGAGUAUUCGCACUUCAGUGGAUGCCUUUGCUGCAUUCUUCGCCGGAUACGCGGUCGCUGUCGGAUCGCGAUUCAUGCUUAGAAACGUACACCGAUGCAUGGUUCCAUGCAAGGUCUCAAAUAAACGCCAUUCAGCAUAUCCGGUCAUUCAGAGUUGUGCUUACGAUCCUAAUGUUCGACGGCACUGCCAUUCCGACCAAAGCACAUAUUAGUCUGGGUGGCAUCGAGCAUGAGUUUCUUGACAUGGGCUUGCGAACGCUUUGUAUCUUGAAUGAACUCGUUAUGCAAUAUUGUGCUACGUUGGGUCCUUUUUCCAGAUAUGCUGCUCUUGCGGAAGCUAGUUUGAGUCUUCUUCGGUGGUGUGGUUAUAUGCGUGAUUUGGGCGCAGCACUUACUGCCGAUUAUGAGUGUAAACUUCCGGCUCUUUUUGCUCGUGGGAGUGAUCUAGAGAAUGAUGAACUGGCUUCGGUUCAACCAAUCUAUCAUGGUCUACGGGGAUUGGAUAGUAAAGUUCCUUUGAUCUGUCAUCGAGCAAGCGUGCAGUCGAUCUGUAUCUGGCGCCAGAUUGUCGACUUGAGAGGAGCUCUUUUCAAUCUAGAAGAUGCUACCUCUGGCAUUCCUACUGAAAUCUCCGAAGCUAUUCAUGAGGUAGUGAGAGCCGUUCAAGGAUUUCACGAUUUAUUCCAACCUUUCAUGCAUGACUGCACAGAGUGUCUUGGGGGUCUUUCUCUAUCAUCCAAGGUAUCCGUUGUGUCCAUGAUCACAUUCUGGAGUUUCGGCGUUCUUGUACUCGCUGAUGCACUCCUGCCAUUUGCCGAAGAAAUCAACCAUUUCUGCCAUCCAGGUCUUUUCUCGGAGCUACAAGUAUGUCGUCGGGUCGCCAUUUCAUCAAUUGCGCAUAUUAUCAAGAACGUGUCCUCACUGCCGAGCGAGGCUAGUUUCAAUAUUCAGAAUGGACUCAACGCUGACGUUCCACUCAUUGCAUACCAUAUCACUCCUAGUCUCAUGACUUCGGCCCUUGCAAAGGCCUUAGAGCAUAGUGUUGAUUUGUACAACACUGACUUUGAUGAAGCUUGGAAUGACCGAAUCGAUGCGUUCGUUAAAGGGAUUAUGUCUCUUAACGUUACAAUUGGAGGAUCUCAGACCGCUGGCGUGGCAUUCCAAUCAUUAAUGCAAAGAUAUGGGGAUAUCAUAUCUGAUUCCUGGUCUUGUGAUUAG